AUAUUAUAUAAGUAAAUACUAAAACUGAGGAGCAUUAACCUGCGUUUGGAUUUGGGGAGCUUGUUCUUGGAUCUCCUCUCUCAACUUCGCCAAUCUUUAUCUCGCUUCUCUACUUCUGCUUCUUCUCCUUGUAAGUUUGAAAUAAGAGAUGGGGUUGUCUUUCACCAAACUUUUUAGCCGGCUAUUUGCCAAGAAAGAGAUGCGUAUUCUCAUGGUAGGUCUUGACGCUGCUGGUAAGACAACCAUCUUGUACAAGCUCAAGCUGGGAGAAAUUGUGACAACCAUUCCCACAAUUGGAUUUAAUGUGGAGACUGUGGAAUAUAAAAAUAUUAGCUUCACUGUAUGGGAUGUGGGUGGCCAAGAUAAGAUUCGUCCUUUAUGGAGACACUACUUCCAAAACACACAGGGGCUUAUCUUUGUUGUGGAUAGCAAUGAUCGUGACCGUGUUGUUGAAGCUAGAGAUGAGCUCCAUCGGAUGUUGAAUGAGGAUGAGUUGAGAGAUGCAGUGCUCCUUGUCUUUGCCAACAAACAAGAUCUUCCAAAUGCUAUGAAUGCCGCAGAAAUCACUGACAAGCUUGGUCUUCAUUCUCUUCGUCAACGCCACUGGUAUAUCCAGAGCACAUGUGCAACCUCUGGGGAAGGACUCUAUGAAGGACUAGACUGGCUCUCCAACAAUAUAGCGAGCAAGGCUUAGAGACGUUUUUGUCGAACGCUGCUAUUUUGCUCUGUACUAUGAGGUGGAAGGUGGAAUGGGGGUUGCUUCACUUAUAGCAUUAAAAUCUUUUAUUUUUCCGUCACUCUAUAUAGUUUUUUGGGUCUUUAUUUUGUUUUUUGAUACUAUAUGAUAGUUAUCGUAUUUGUUCCCGUAGGAUUUCUAAAUAACUAAUGAGU